AUGAGUGUCCCGGAAGCUCCACCAGUGCUCAAUAUACAUACGCCGACGUCAUCUUUCGCCAUCAUCCAUUCAGUGACCCAAGAAACCUUGCUAGAUCUGUAUAAUAAGCUCAGCAGAAAGGCUGCCACAGAUUAUUAUGGCGAACGUGUUGGUCCUGGAUGGUUAAAAUACGAAUACAACGAGGCGAUAUGGAAUUUGGACGAUGAUUCGGACUACACGAUAUUUGUAUGGCGCCGGCAGCAACAAAUCCAAGACGAUCAGCAGUCAAUUGCACUGACGUCCGAUAACGAGGGUCCGCCAGUCGCUUCAACAUCUCGCGCUCAUCACGCACCCCCGUCUCCUCCAAAGAUUUUGCCCCCAAAGACUGUAUCUGAAACCCCAACCCUCUACCUACACGAUCCACGGAAACCCCUUCCUGCUCCCCCGGCUUACUUGAACCCUGCAUACUACGCAUUCCAACCAUCGCGCGCCGUACACCAUCCUACUAGGCGGUCUCCCGCUUCCUCCCAAGCUUCUACAAAUAAAAGAAGUAAGAAAGGGAAAGCUGCUAUCGAAGAUAACGAGGAGGUCGGCAUUGCGAAAUUCAAGAAAGAAUUCGAAAGAUUUCACUCUGAGAAUGGAGUGCGUACCGUGAUGGGAUCCAUUGGUCCAGUGCAAAACGUUCGCAUGCUGCUCAAGUCUGGUUAUCGACAUGUCUACAUUUCGCGAAAGUUCGCUGCUAAACAUGGAUUUAUUCCACCCGACACCGCACCCGGAAGUUAUGGAUACGGAGGCCUAGUGAAUAUUGGAGAAUGGCCUAUCACACUUAUACCCUCUGUUUCUCAGUCUACUCAACCCUUACCUGGCUACUUGCGCCCAGAUGCAUUCACUUCACCCCCAUCUACACGUACGGGAAAUCUACACGCAUCCCCCAGUUCGUCCGCAUCUCCGCUACCGCUGCACAAUUGGCUGGCACCUCCGCCUACGACCAGUAAAGCCGGGAGUAUCAGAAGCGUCAGUGCCACUGGAACUGGAAAGCAGGCGCAUGAAAACGUCAAUCAUCAUACACAAGCCUCCAAUACAAUCGUGCCAAAAACUGUGUCAAUACAGGUAUAUCUUGCAGAAGAGCCUCAUUUCGACGUUGUUCUUGGGCGCUCGUUUUUCGAAAAACGGCAGGUCAAAACCACCUCAAUUGAUCCAACAGAUGUGGUAUGUCUGGAUACUGGGGAAAAGAUCGAAUGCGAGCUUGUCAUUUUGAAGGAUGGACGAGGUGAAAUUGUUACGGUUACAUAG